AUGGUAAAAUACUAUGGAUAUUUGGUGAGCGAUAGCUGGUUACACCAACGAGCCCUUGAUGUGGGCUAUCCGCCCGCCAAGACACCCGAAGACUUCGAUGAUAUCAUCAGCCUUGCGUCAAUAGAUGUCAUGGCAGCGACGGGCGUUAUCUCCUACGCCAGAUUUCGUCGAGUGAAAACUCCCAAGGGCAAAUAUUUCUGGUGCAUUGCCCUCGCCUGUGACGAUCCAAUUACUGUUGGAGAACGUUUAUCAACCCGCCCGCCGCUGGAGGCAAAAUAUAAGGCUUUGAAGGAGGCGCUGGGGAAGGAUGGACCGCCUCACUGGCUUUCGAAUGCCGGCACAUUGUGGCAUAUUAGCGCAUAUGAUUAUUUUCUUUCCAUUAUUCUCAUGGUAAAAUACUUCGGAUAUCUGAUAGCUCAGGGCUGGUUGCACCAAAAAGCCCUUGAUCUGGGCUAUCCGCCCGCUCAGACCCCAGAAGACUCGCGUGAUAUCCUUAGCACUGUUCCCAUGAAUGUUAUGGCAGCGGCGGGCGUUCUCUCCUACGCCAGACUUCGUGCAAUAAAAACACCCAAGGGCAAAUAUUUCUGGUGCAUUGCCCUCGCCUGUGACGAUCCUAUUACUGUUGGAGAACGAAUGUCAACCCGCCCGCCGCCGGAGGCAAAUUAUAAGGCUUUGAAGGAGGCGAUGGGGAAGGAUGGCCCGGCUCACUGGUAUCGAGCUAUUUGA